AUGUACCACCGCCUCCGACUGGCUUUUGUGCCGCUUGUCGCUCUUGCACUGGAUCAAAACGACCCGACGCUGCCGACCAAGUCGGGCGUCAAGACGUGGGUCGACGUCGAGACGCCGGCCGAGUUUUACACGAUGGCGAGCUCCCGAGGCGACGACUGGGACUUGGUCAUGAGCGACGAGUUCAACUUGGCCGGGCGCAACUUUACCGCCGGGCAGGAUCAUCUCUGGGUCGCCCUCGACAUUCCCGACGGCGUCAACAGUGCCGUGGGCACUUACAUGCCCGAGAAUGCGCUCACGGUCAAUGGCACGUUUCAGAUCCGCGUCGAUUCGGCCGAGACGAGCAUCUUGUACUACAAUGUGUGGUCGGAUGCACCGUCGUGGACAACAAAAAAGAUGUACUACAACGCGGCCAUGGUUCAAACCUGGAACAAGUUUUGCAUCCAAGGCGGGUUUGUCGAGAUCGCUGCCAAGAUGCCCGGCGCGACCCAUGUGUCGAUGAACCCCCACGUGACAGGGAAGCGCUGGGACCACCAGCUGCAACGCGAUGUGCCCGUCAAGCCGCUCGACCGCAUUCCCGACAUUCGGUUCUACCCAACAUGGCCAGGUCUCUGGAUGAUGGGCAACCUCGGUCGUGCUUUGUUUGCAGCGUCGACCAACCGUGUCUGGCCGUGGUCGUACAACGAGUGCGACGAACGCUACCGCACGUUCCAGCGCAUCAGCGCCUGCGACCCGAACCCCGGCUACGGCUUGCACCCGAACAUGGGUCGCGGGUCCCCCGAGAUCGACAUUCUCGAAGGCGGCGGCAGUGACAUUUCGUCGUCACUGCAGUUAGCACCGGGGUUGCCCGACGAGUACCGUCUCGUCGAGGCCACCAUGCAGUACGAGGCAACGACGAACAACGAAAUCAUUACGGACCGACAGGCCGACACGGUGUGGGCUACACGGCGUGCUACUACAACAAGAACUGCUUGA